CUCAAAUCAAAGUUCAAAAUCCUGAGUGAUUUUCCGCUGGGUAGCUAGAACAAAGUUUUUAUCAGCGAUGCUGCCGAUGCUUCAAAUAUUUUAAUUAUUGCAUUGUUAUUUAUUUUUAUCUUUUUUUAAAUGAAAUGUGUGAAUUAUUAGUGAAAGUCUGACAUUCGUGUUUGUGCAUCAGCAUAUUUUCCUUCUUUGAUAUGAUUUUCAAACGAUAUCAGUCUUCUAACAACGAUCGCACCAUACAAGCGUCAACUACUGGAUAAGUGGGUGAAUGAAUGAAAAGGUAUUAGAUACCUUAAAGUUACAUAUCUUCUGCCAAAAUGAGAUAUUCCAUUUGCGUUUUAUCAUGUGUUUUGAUAUAUUUAUACUUUGAUAUAUGUACUAGCGCCGGAUGGAGGCGAUGGAGAAGAUUGUGGCGAGGAUGGAUCGUAAUACCGACUGGAAUCGGUGUAUCGGUGUUUACCGUAUUACAGUGGCGUCGUCAAAGUUGGAAUAAUCAACCUCAGAGUACAAAUUCGACUAAAAAUUUUCAAAUUACAUGUUACCGAGCUAUUCCUUUAAGAGCGAUGUCGCGAGCCUGGGGAUGGAUAUCUAGUCAACAUGUGCCAUUGAGCAUUCGUUGCUGGCUUUAUACUGGUUACGCUAGAAUGUACGGUGUGAAUUUAGAAGAAGCCGCUCAUUCUUUGGAACAUUAUAAUUCGUUAUGCGAAUUUUUCAUUAGACAGUUGAAAGAAGGCGUCAGACCAGUGGCUGAAUACGAACCUCUUGUAUCACCGGCUGAUGGAAGUAUCGUAAACGCCGGUAUCGUCAAGUCUUGCAACGUCGAACAAAUCAAAGGCGUUACAUAUACGAUAAAAACAUUCUUAGGCGAGCCGACGUGGAACGAUUUAGGACGUUUGAAGGAGAAAGGCGAAGACGACGAUGCGACCCAAGUACAAUUGGUCAGCACCGGUGGCGGCAGCCUACGUUCGCAGGGUGAUCGUGACCAUAGGCCUUUGUACGAUGAAAGUAGAAGAACGCCGUCGAAAUUGCUGAGAUUGCGUCAUAAAAACAACGACGCCGUGAUGAAUAAUGUCGAUAACGGGGGCUGUGAAUUAUUGCAUUUAGGUUUGAACGACGCGUACCAGUGUAACAAUAAAAUUAGCGCAGAAAUUAAAAACGACUAUCGAGUUCUCGGAUGGUUGGUUUUCUAUUUUCAAUUUUGCAUCAAAGAUUUACUCAUUAAUUCGUUCUAUAUCGGAUUCCAAAUCAUAUACGGGAUCAAAUCAUCCAUCGUACUGAGUAACGGCAAGAUCCUCAAAGGUGCCAGUUUCCUAAGAUCUCAGCUCAGCUUCGGAAACGGCACGUCUAGAUAUAAUACGCGUAUCGACGCCUCCACCGAUACCGGACUGACCUACUCGACAGAUUGUACCACCGAUUGCAACGAUAGUGCCAGCAGCGAUGAUGAUAUCGAUGAAAACAAAUGCUACGAUCCCGACUGGAACGAGUAUAAGAAACGGUUGCUGCAUAACGAAGAUAACGAAUUGUAUCAAUUCGUCGUGUAUCUGGCUCCGGGAGACUAUCAUCGGUUCCAUUCUCCGGCCGAUUUAAAAAUUAAAUUCAGGAGACAUUUUCAAGGUGAAUUAUUGAGCGUACAUCCAAAAAUUGCCCAAUUAAUUCCAGAACUGUUCAGUUUAAAUGAAAGAGCGGUUUACGUAGGAGAGUGGAAACACGGGUUCUUUUCUAUGGUGGCCGUUGGUGCUACGAAUGUCGGAUCUAUCAAAGUACAUUCGGACAAAGAUCUGUUGACAAAUACUCGAAGAUGGAAACACGGUCCACGUUUCAAAGACAAAGAAUUAGACGUCGAAUGGAAGAAAGGAGAAGAAGUGGGAGAGUUUCGAUUAGGCUCAACAAUCGUGCUUCUUUUCGAAGCUCCGAAAAAUUUUCAUUUUGAUGUUAAACCGGAUCAAAAAAUCAGAGUCGGUGAACCAGUUACCUCAUUCAUAACGGAAGAUGGUGUCUUCAGCUGAUAUCGAUGACCUGUGUCAAUGGAUAUGAAUACCAUAUUGUUUUAUAUACGUCUCUAUUCGAACGUAUGCGUAUCAUUUCUAACAUACCUGGCCGAGGAAUAUCCGAUUGACAAUUAUAUCUAGUUUUUAAUUACCCAGUAUUUUAGGGAGAUUUUUUUGUCGAUUGUUCCUUCUUUGAAUCCUACAUUAUACUUACAAACAUUCGCGUUUGCAUUCUUGUUUUAUAAUUUAUUAUCUUUUAUGCCUUUCUAUGCGUGUAAAAAUCAAUUCUCUUUCUUUUUCGUAUCUUCCUCGAUUUAUAAAGCUCAUUUUUAUUUAAGUUGGUAUAUUACGAAUUUUAUAUCUUUGCGAAUUAUUUUAUAUUUUUAAACGAGAAAAAUUAUUAGUAUUUUAUAGCUUACGAUGCGAAACAGUAUAAAUAUUUUUCGUUAAUUUUUAAAAUGAUGCUGAUAGCUUUGACAUGAAAAAUAUUGUGUUGGGUGAACUGUAGAUUAUAUUAUUGGUAGAUUUCUGCUCUAUUAAAAUAUUAUUCUUGCUUAAAGUAUAAUUUCUAUAAUAGGUAUUCAUUAUUUUAUAUUGAAUAUGUCUUAUAAGAAUUCUCGGUAUGCUCUAAUUUUUACAUGAUUCAAAGGAAUCGAAGUUUUACUCCCGAGUGAUGUACACAAUGCGGGAUAUUUAUUUAUUUCUAUUUAUUGGUAUGUCGGUAAAAAAAAAAAAGAAGAAAAAAUGUGUGCAGACGUAUGCAGUGUAUUCUAUGGAGUGUUAUUUGUAAGAUGAAGUCGUUUAACGAUUCCUUUCUUUUCAUUUUUAAAUUUAAGAACGCUCUAAUGUGAUCUUUACGACGAUUAAGUUUUUUGUUCGUUUUCUCUUUUUAUUGUACAAAUGUGUGCUUUUGCGUUAAUCGUUUAUUUAAUUGUAUAUUUUACUUAAUUCUUUAUAUUUGAAAUCAUGGAAUUUAUAGCGAUGGAAGUUGCUUCGAUUGCAAAUAUAAUUUUGCUGUUAUAAA